AUGGUCAUUGCGGGCAAGAUGGUAACACAGACUGUGAGUGAUGUCAGUACGUCGAGUACGUAGAGUACAUAUCUCUGUCAUCAAGGGGUUGGGGCGGCGUACGAUGAGCAUCUGAGGUUUUUGUCGGUCAGGGAGGACAGAGAGCCUGUGUCAAUGUCUUCUGGCGACAUAGCACUGCAUUAGUUAGCCACAUAGCUACUGAUGAAGAAUUACCGAAAGCGUGUGUUUGCCGGCUUGACUUUUCAAGCGUAGCAUAGGAAUGUUCGCAAAACACAGACUAGCAUAUGUAAAAACAAAAAAACGGUAGUUAUGGCACGAUUCACAAGGUCACCUUCCCUCUCCGACCACUCGCCUCACUUCGACCAAAUUCGACGUACGUUUCUGAGAACAGACUGUUCUACAAAGUGAAGUCUCUGACCUCGGGUUCAUCAACAACAGUCUAACUAUCAGCACAAAUCCUAGAAUGACUCAAAGACAUCCACAUGGGGUUAAGGGGAAGAAUGGUGUCAUCCAGCAUGAGUCCCAUUCACCUCUAUGCCCUGAACGCUAGCGAACCGUAUGAUAAAACACCUAUUACACGACCAUGACGGUGUCAAUGGAAAAUCUAGAGUGCGGCGCCUCAGUAAACUCGGGAAGUACUCUAUCUGGAUUCUCUUCCCAUCUACCAACCAAGCUUGAAGUAUGGUCAUCCAGACGUAUACUGAAGUUGCUGUCCCAGUAUCCGAUGGACACUAGUUAGUGCCACCAAUCUUCAUUUUAAAAAAACUGAGGAAAUCGCGAAUGACUAACAGAGAACUGGCCAAUUAUCCAGUCUUAAAGGUUAAACCAGGACUGGAUGGGUGGAUUCGGGAGUCGAGAAUGUUGCGAGCCGAAACACCACCUGCUACACGAUUGCAGACCACCGUUGGCGUCCCACCAUUGAGCAUCCUAUGUUCUCUGCUUUAUCGCUAGGACCUCUGAAUACCUGCAUACUUUUUCGAAUGAAUCUGAACGGGGAUUGGCAAAAUAGUGCUAAUGAUAAAUUUAACCUCAGGCCGACGAAUCUGGUGACCCACUUAACUGUUAACCGACCAGGUCAAUGUGUAAUUGAAAUAUGAGGCUGAAGCUGAGUACAUACUGCUGGUGGACUAGAAGAAGGUGUUAAUGGCAGGCCAGGAAGUAGGAAUGCGUCCACUGGUCAUACUGAUGAUAGAGGCAGUGUUUUGUGAUCUGAAAAUGGACUUUGUCAUGUUGACACCGUACUGUACUGGAUCUGUAGAUGCAUUACGUGGAUAGUUCAAUUGUUAGAUAGCAAGAUAGGCACGAUGGAACAAGUUUGAUAUAUUCGUCGUUGGCCUAGGGCACUUGAUUCUUGUGGUAUCAGAUAUUGUCUUUGCACUUGUUAUUCGCCUUAAUUCGAAGAUGGCUGCUCCAAGCUUUGCUGUGGUAUUCCAAGCCUGCCUGUCCCAUGCGAGUUUUUCCGAUAUCUCUGGGAUGAUUUGAAUGUGCUAAUGAGGAUAAGGGUAACAAAUGGGAGAAGCACCCAAAAAGAUAAGAUUCAAGGGAGUGAGUCCACGCGCUCUGGCAGCCUAGAAUGUUCUUUCUCUUUUAGACAAUCCGAAGAGCAACCGACUGGAACGGAGGACGGCGCUAAUGGCUCGGCAACUGGCACGCGACAAGGUGGACAUCGCUGCACUCAGCGAGACCAGGUUCUCCGAUCAAGGCCAACUGGAGAAGGUGGGUGCCAUCUACAUCUUCUUCUGGAGCCGUCGCCCCAAUGCAGAGUAACUUGACGCGAGCGUCCGCUUUGCCAUCUGGAAUAACAUCGUGCGACGACUGUCCUGUUUGUCGCAGGGCAUAAACGAUCGCCUGAUGAGCCUCCGCUUGCCUAUCCGGGGAGACGAAUUUGCCCCCAUCGUCAGCGUUUACGCCCUACCCAGGAUGACCAGGCCUGACGCCGCAAGGGACAAAUUCUACGAGGGCCUGCACGCGCUCCUGUCGACUGUGCCGAUAGCGGAUAAGUUGAUUGUCCUAGGUGACUUCAACGACCGCGCCGGCACAGACCAUCAUGCAUUGAGAGGGGUACUGGGUCCCCGUGGUCUCAAUAGCCCUAAUUACAAUGAUCUGCUCCUUUUACGAAUCUGCGCAGAAAAUCGGCUCAUUCUAAGCAAUAGCUUCCGCCUCCCGAUGCGAGAGAAAGCCAUCUGGAUGCAGCCUCGCUCGUGACACUGGCACCUGCCGGACUCUGUCCUCGUCCGGAGGCGAGACUAGCAGGACAUGCUGGUGGCAAAGGCAAUCCCGGAUACCGAUGGGUGGACCGGCCAUCGUCUCGUUAUCUCCAAGAUGCGAAUUAGCCUAUAGUCUCACAGGAGACCUCAAGUUAAGUGACCCCUAGGUAAGUUGAAUAUUGCUUUGUUGUCUUUGCCUGCCCACCAUCUCCAUUUCGGCAACCAGCUAGCUUAACGGUUAGCCACCGCCGCCACUGAGGAGAACGCCUCCGUGGCGAACUGAUGGUGUCAACUGCGGGACACAGUCUAGUCGACGGCUCUGGCAGUCCUCGGUUGCGUACGUCGCCAACACCACAACUGGUUCGAUGACAACGACGCCGCCAUCAGCACCUCGCUCGCCGAGAAGAACCGCCUGCACAAAGCCUACGUCGACCGCCCCACCGAUGACAACAAAGCAGCCUUCUGCCGUAGUCACCACCUUGUUCAACAGCGGCUGCGGGAGGUGCAGGACGCUCCGACAGCUCGCAAGGUCGAGGAGAUCCAAGGGUACGCGGACCGCAACGUCGCGAUCAAAUCUGUCUUCAGUCCGCCAACCAAAGGAACUGCUCCUCUUCUCAUCGCUGACGGCAGUACCCUACCCACUGAGAAGAUACAAAUCCUACAGCAAUGGACCGAGCACUGUCGAGGCGUCUUCAACCGUCCCUCCACCAUAUCCGACGUCGCCAUCGCCGUCUGCAUCAAGUGGAGACAAACGUCGACCUCGACCUCCCGCUCUCUCUCCAGCUCCAGCUCUCCAGCGAUCCCUGCUGAGAUCUGCAAACACGGUGGUCGCCAACUCAUUGAUCAUUUGACGGCGUUCUUUCAGGAGAUAUUGCGUCAAAGGGAAGUCCCACAGAAUUUCAGGGAUGCCAUAAUCGUUCACCUCUAUAAACGAAAAGGUAAUCGCCAGCUCUGCGACAACCACUGA